UGACUUGACAAGCAAUGAAGCAAAGUCAUAAAUGCAAAACGAUUUAAAGAUAAGCGACAAUAUAUGUAAAACACUAAUCACUGAUUAGUAAUCAGGUAAUCACUGACCACAACUUCUAAUGAUCAGAUUGUGGUAAUUAGGUGAGAACUAAUGGAAGAAAAUUUACUAGUGUUAGCAGAAGGAAAUAAUGAUGAUGAUGAUGAUAAUCAUAGAUCAUUACGUAUAAUAACAUGGAGUGUGUUUGUAAUAGAGGCUAAGAAAUUUGGAUAUAUAGCAGGACCAAUGGUGUUGGUUACACUUUCUCAGUAUUUGUUGCAAGUUAUAUGCCUUAUGAUGGUUGGUCAUCUUGACGAGCUCGCGCUUUCUAGUACUGCCAUCGCCAUCUCUCUUUCUGGCGUCACCGGUUUUAGCUUACUUUUGGGGAUGGCUAGUGCACUAGAAACCUUAUGUGGACAGGCAUAUGGAGCUCAACAAUAUAAAAAAAUUGGAACCCAAACUUACACUGCCAUUUUCUCUCUUCUAAUCGUGUGCAUUCCUCUAUCUGUUUUAUGGAGAUAUACAGAAAAUAUACUCGUUCUUACGGGCCAAAGCCCUGCAAUUUCACGUGAAGCUGGAAAAUUCAUAACAUGGCUUAUUCCUGCACUCUUUGCUUAUGCAACACUUCAACCACUUAUUCGAUAUUUCCAAAUGCAAAGCAUGCUUUGGGCUAUGCUCAUUAGCUCAACUGUUGCGUUAUGCUUGCACGUCCCUCUUUGUUGGGCUCUUGUGUAUACGACCAGAUUAGCAAACAUUGGAGCUGCAAUAUCUAUGGAUAUUACAAUGUGGCUAAACGUGAUCUUCCUCUUCCUUUACAUGAAAUAUUCUCCUGCUUGUGCUAAAACCCGUGCUCCAAUAUCUAUGGAGGUGUUGCACGGGAUGAAACAGUUCUUUAGCUAUGCCAUCCCUUCGGCUGUCAUGAUUUGGUACUCCUCACUCUCUCUUAUAUGUAAACGUAUCAUAUGCUUUCAGGGCAUUUCAUUUGCAAUAAAAAAUGCUGCAAAAAGUCUUGAAUGGUGGUCUUAUGAGUUUCUAAUAUUGCUAUCUGGUCUUCUGCCAAAUCCGGAGUUAGAAACCUCAGUUCUUUCUGUAUGCCUCAACACCAUUGCUACUCUCUACGCCAUAGCAUACGGAUUUGGGGCUGGCAUCAGCACUAGAGUUUCUAAUGAACUUGGAGCUGGAAACCCACAAGGUGCUCGUAUUGCAGUCUAUGUUGUCCUCUUAAUUGCCAUUAUUGAGACGAGUGUAGUUAGCACAAGUGUUUUUGUCGGUAGGCGCGUUUUUGGGUACAUUUUUUCCAAUGAGAAGGAAGUUAUCAAUUAUGUCACAAAAAUGGUGCCUCUUCUCUGCUUAAACAUCAUCAUGGAUAGUCUACAGGGAACCCUUUCAGGUGUUGCGAGGGGAGUUGGAUGGCAACAUCUAGGGGCCUACAUUAAUCUUGCUGCAUUCUAUCUUGCGGGGAUUCCGGUUGCUGUUAUAUUAGGAUUCUGCACGUCAUUGCGAGGAGUGGGUCUAUGGAUCGGAAUAAUCGUGGGAGCAGCUAUUCAACUUGCUCUACUGGGGGUAGUAGCAAUUUGCACAAAUUAUGAAAAACAGGUGGAAAGGGUAAGGGAAAGGUUAUUCAAGGAAGAAUCCUCAAUUGAGAGAUUAAUGUGAACCCAUAAGCAAAAAAAAACUAGCUGGCUUAGCCAAAUGAGAAUAAUUUAUGUAAAACAGAUUCUCAUGUUUUGUUCAUUGCAGAAAGUUCCAAAGUCUUGCUUCAUAUUGUCAGGAUGUUUGCAAACUAUACUCUUUUGUACUUAAUAUGUAGCUCGAGAUGGAUCCAAGGGUUCUUGCAUUAUAAUAAUCACUCAGUAAUUAUUGUCUCGGUUUGUGUUUUAGCCCGAGGGCCGAGGCUUGGACAUCUCAGAUCCAUUAAGUUUGGCAACGGAUUUAGGUAGCAUCAUGCAUGUACAGGUCAAAACUGCUACUUGUGUUCUUGGUUCUUCUUAUACAAGUAUGUAAUCAUGUAACGCCAAAGAAUGAUCAAGUCAAAGUUAACGAAAA